AUGAAGGAUAAGAGCAUGAGCGAUGGAGCCCACGAGGCGAUGCUCGCGGAGAGUCGGAAGCCGCAGGUCAAGAGCAAGAAGACCCACAGUGAUGAGGAGUACGAGGCACUGCAAAGCUUUCUGCGCAGCAUCAGUUCAACGGCAACUCUUCCGCCUUACGUUAAAGGCGAAACGUACUCUUCCCUGCGCGGCGUCUUCAACCAGUGCCUCAUCACGUGUGCAGUGCUAGUGCUGGCCGCCGCUGCUGGUCACCCGAUAGGGUUUUCAGCCGUGGCACUGCCGCAACUGCAGACUGAAAACUCCACUAUGAGGAUAGACGAAGAGAUGGGCUCUUGGAUCGCCAGUAUACACUCUGCGGCGACUCCGCUGGGCUCAAUGCUAUCAGGCCCUGUCAUGGAGGCUAUAGGUCGACGGCGCACUUUACAGGUGUCCACUUUACCCCUAGUCCUAGGCUGGAUCCUCAUCGGCACCUCCGUCAAUCACGCUCUGCUACUGCUCGGGAGAAUUGUAUGCGGUUUCGCUGUCGGCCUAAUGGCAGCUCCAUCUCAGGUCUACUUGGGGGAGAUAUCGGAGCCCCGUCUCCGUGGUCUUCUGAUUGGGACGCCUUUCGUGGCGUAUUCGUUGGGCGUGCUGUACGUGUAUGCACUGGGGGGCGCGUUGCCUUGGCGCUCUGUUUCCUUCCUCUGCAUCGUGCUGCCAGUGCUGGCGUUCGUAGUGCUCUGCCUGUCACCCGAGAGCCCCACGUGGCUGGCCAGGAGGGGACGCUUCCACGAAGCGAUGGCCUCAAUGGCGAGACUGCGCGGUAAUCCGGACAUCGCGCAAAGGGAGCUCCACGAACUGAUAUCGGCACGGGAGAAAGAGAAGGCGCGCGGGGAGGAGACCGUGCCGUUCUUCGCGACGGUAGCCCGGGCGCCGGUGCUCAAGCCGCUGCUGUUGAUCAACGCCUUCAACAUGCUUCAAAUACUGUCCGGUAGCUACAUCGUCAUAUUCUACGCCGUCGACAUCGUGAAGGAAGCGGGCGGGUCGUUAGAUCCUCACAUGGUGGCUAACGCGAGCGCGUGCACGCGUCUCGGUAUGACCGUGCUCGCUUGCAUACUCCUGCUGAAGAUCACGAGGCGCUCCCUCGUGAUGGUGUCCGGGCUGGGCACCGCACUGUGCACGCUCGGCCUGGCCGCCGUGCUGUACGGCGAUUCGGGCGCCGGCCUCAUAACGCCCGUCCUCAUACUCGGCUACGUCGCGUUCAACACGCUCGGCUUCUUCCUGCUGCCCGGCCUCAUGAUCGGCGAGCUGCUGCCCACUAAGGUGAGGGGCCUCUGCGGCGGCUACAUAUUCUGCGUGUUCAACGCGGUGCUGUUCGGCUUCACCAAGCUGUACCCGGUGAUGAAGAACGGCGUGGGAAUGGCGGGCGUGUUCGCGGUGUUCGGCUCGGCCGCCUCGCUGGCGACGGUGGUGCUGUUCCUGCUGCUGCCGGAGACCAAGGGCAAGUCGCUGCUGCAGAUCGAACAGUACUACCAGAAGCCGAACAUACUGUGGGUGACGCGCGAGAAGGCGUCAAACGGACAGCGAGUG